AACUCACCAGUUCUCACUCCACAUAGCUCACGACAAUAACCACUCCCUGACUCAACAGAUUCAUGCUUGAAGCCUACAGCUUAGGACACCACCAGAAAGUCAAACAUCUCACGCCUCAUCAAGACUCUAGUCAUCAAGCAUGGCAACUCAACAACCAACCCAAACCGAUGAUGGGGCUCAAGCUCAACCGCCACAAACAAACCCAGCAAAACCCACCGAGAUCUCAGAACCCGGCAUCUACGUAGCCCUCACCCACGACCACCUCAACUACCAAUUCGUUACAGACCGAGUCCGCUCCCCAGAAGCAGGGGCCAUUGUCAUCUUUGCUGGCACCACCCGUAACAACUUCAACUCCCUCCCUGUCCAGCACCUCUCCUAUACCUCCUAUGCGCCCCUAGCUUUGCGCACCAUGUUAACCAUAUGCCGCUCCAUUCUCACCAAGCACGGGUUGAAGGGGAUAGCGAUGGUACACAGGUUAGGUGUGGUCCCCAUCGGAGAGGAAAGUAUCUUGAUCGCUGUAUCAUCUCCGCACAGACAGGCGGCAUGGAGGGCGGGGGAAGAGGCGUUGGAGGAGUGUAAAGCCAAAGUGGAGGUGUGGAAGCGGGAGGAGUUUGGUGGCGAGGGGGGAGGGGUGUGGAGGGCUAAUAGGGAUGGUGCGGUGGGGGUUAAGGUUGAUGAGCCUAGGAUAGGGAAAGGGGAGGGGGAUGAGAAGGGGGAUGAGGGCGGCAGCGGGAAUGGGGGGAAAUGA